GUCGACCUCGUCACGCGAGCGUUUGAGUUUGUGGGGUUUGUUACCGCGAUGCUACGAAUCCCACACCGACUGGCGCCAGUCUAGCAACCGUUUCGAGCUGCAAUCACGCCCCCAAGUCCCUUUUACGAGUUGUACUCGGGAUUGCAAUUGUGUUUUCCGCACCUCUGAUGGAGAACUCUGGCCAGCCUUGCCGAGUUCGGUCAUAAGUUUAUAGAUCGGGCACUUCGGAGAAGCGGACAUGUGUCCGCGUCUUGCGUGCUCGGGGCAUAGGCAGCUUGAAUGAGCGCCGCCUCAUUUUGUACUUGUCAAGCAGUAUCACGAAUUUCAUUACUGCGUCGCCUCUUGGCUCGUUUCCGCAACCAGCAUCCCGCAUUUCUCCUGCUUCCUCGGCUCCCCCUUGACGAGCCCCUGGACCAAUCCCUCCACAACCCAAAUGACAUGAUUAUUUCCACGCCACUCAAGCACGGCUCAUACAGAGUUCGCACCGUCUUCACACCCUUCCCAUUGAGCCCCAGCCUUGAAGUCACACGCUUAUGCACCCGAUCACCCCGAUCUUCACCUCACUGCAUGCGUCUGACUAACAGACUGGCCAGCCUUCGUUUUUCUAGUCAUAUUUGUGCACGUAUUGCUAUCGCGCAUGAGACUGACAUGUUCAACGUUAUUUUUCGAGCCGACACAGACGUAGGCACGGCCCGCAGUCCGGGACCGGGUCAAUCUGCCCCGACCACACACAUGUCUCCAGAACGAGGUCGACGUGCUAAGGUGGCGUGUGGUCAGAGCGAAGCAACCCAAGGACGACUCCCUUACAUUGCUCAACAUGCCCGAGAGUUUUUCGAAGCCAUGUGGUGACUGAAUCUGCCAGAGGUAGUGGACCAGAAGUCUGUCUCUCAACCCUGAGUCAUAUGUGCCAUGCUUCCUUGAUUGAUAAUGCCCCUGUCCAUUUGAGGUCGCUAACAAAGCUGUUUUCGGGAUGGUUUCAAGCCAACCACUUGAGAAGCAUUUCCGCAACACAACCUCU